GAUAACACGGAUGUCUUUCCACUAACCGUCAUUCAUCAUAAUGGAAACGUAAAUCGCGUAUUACGUAUUACAGAUGACAAUAUAACGCGACUGGAUGAAUGGCACCUCAAAAGCAAUUGUUCAUGACAUCCGAUCCUCUUGUACGGAUCGGUCUCUGCCGGAAACGUUUUAUGAAACCAAUGGCGACCGAAAACAUGAGUUUGACGCCCGUUCCGGUGACGAAACCGAAAACAACGACAAUUGUCACUACUGCUGCUGCCGCACCAAGACCGGACGUCACGAAGUUCACGUUUUAGUAGCAAUAGAAAUAGAAAGUCGUUAACUUGCUGGCUGAGUUGUGGCCCGUUCGAUUGCACCAAGCAGGCCCACGGCCAACGAAUAGACUCUGCCGCCCCACUACGGACACGACGCAUGGAAAAAUAUUAAUAACCCGGAAUGGUGAACGUCGACAGUCACUACGACCAUGUGUGUCCAUGGACCGUUGCCACCACCACGACCGUUUUGAGGUCCUCUAGCCGCUUGUACUACCGGUUGCGCGAGUGCGAUGACGGUCACUAGUGAACGUUGAACCGACGUGUACGUAACGUGUGCGUCUACCAACGGUGUCGUUUUCUGCGAGCGUACGGCCUGUGCUGACGCGAACAAAACAGGAACGUGCAGUCGCGGGUGCUGUUCUUGCUGACAACCGUUUCUCGUCCACCCGUGGACAUGGUCCGACGAACUGUUGUCGUGUGCGAAAAACGAUCGAAGGUCGACUGUUCGAUGCCAGUUUAGUGUGCGCUCUAGGACACGUCAAAAUGGACGAUUUGACGUUCUACAUUGUUACUUAUAAUGUCGCUACUAAAUCUCCUGAUCAGCCCUUGAGUGAUUUUCUGCAAUGGGAUGGUCGUACCAAACAACAGUUACCUGACUUUUGUCUAUUUGGUUUUCAAGAAAUCAAGGCUCAACCUCAAAACUUAUUAUUGGAUUCAGUAUUUGAUGAUCCUUGGACAGCAGCUCUUAGAGAUGUUUUGAGUAAUUAUGAUUAUGUGAAAAUACGAACGGUGAAAAUGGUUGGACUGCUGUUAAAUGUGUUUUGUAAAAGAAAACACAUUCCACUUUUAAAAGAAAUGGAAAUUUCAGAAACUCCAACCGGAUUAUUAGGUCUUUGGGGAAAUAAAGGUGCUGUCAGUUUCAGUUUUAAAAUUGCUGAUAUCACAAUAUGUUGUGUUAACUGUCAUUUUGCUGCACAUGAAGAAUAUUUAAAACGUCGAAUUAGUGACUAUCAUACAAUUAUUGAAAGUCAAUAUUUUGGUUCAUCUAGAAAGAGCAUUUUAAAUCAUGACUAUGUAUUUUGGUUUGGUGAUCUUAAUUUCCGUUUAGACAAAAGUAAAUUAAAAUCAGCUGAAGAAAUUGCUCACUCUAUUAAUAAUGGAAAAUUAACACAUAAAACUGCAAAUACAUUAACUGAUGCUUGGGCACAAGAUGAGUUGAGUUUAGUUAUGAAAAAAUCAAAAGCUUUUGAAGGCUUUUUUGAAAUAUUGCCUAUGUUUCCACCUACUUAUAGAUAUAUUUUUGGUUCUUCUAAUUAUGAUCUCAAAAGAAGACCUGCAUGGACAGAUCGUAUUUUGUACAAAACUAUUGAUUCGUCUCAUGAAAAGUCUGAGUUGGAAGUGUUAUCAUAUAAUUAUAUUAAUACUAUCAAAUUGAGUGAUCAUAGGCCAGUUUAUGGUGAAUCUAGUAUUCAAAUAAAUAGUAAUAAAAAUGUUGACUUAGUUGAACAACCUGUAAUUUUUCAAUCAAUAGAGGCAUGGCAAUUAGAAACUGAAAAUGAAGUUAAUUUGAGAAUAAAAGAUUAUAAUCCAGGGGUGAAUGACUGGAUUGGAGUAUUCAAUGAAAAUUUUACAAGUCUUGAAGACUAUCUAUCAUAUGUUUACUUGCCAUCGGAGACUGUAGAACUUGAAGAAUCAAAUGAUGGGUACAGACAAUUUGAUAAUAUGACAUCUGCAUGCAGAGUGAAAUUCCUUCCUGAAGUUUUUUCAGAUGGUUCCAAAAGUGUGUGUUUGAAAUUUUCUGAAACAUCUAUACUAAACUCUGGAACAUAUAGGCUGAUAUAUUUUAGUACUACUAAUAAUUCAGUGCUUGGAGUAUCUAAUCCAUUUGUUGCCAUAAAACAAAAAUGUUCACUGAACACAUCUUACGAAUUUGGUUGGUGAUAUUUCGUUGUUUUUAUCUUAUUUUAAUUGUUUCUACUUAAUUAGAAGUAAAAUUGUUGAUAUUGGCUAAAAGCAUUACAAUGAAACACUUUCGUACACUAUAUAAUUUUGUUAUUGUUUGAAAAUGUUUAUUAUAUACUUUUACCAUUUAAAAUUAAACUGCUCAAUUAUAAGGCUAGAAAUUCCAUUUCUGAUUAAGAAAUAAUGAGAAAUUAAUAAUAACUAUAGAAAUCCAGCCUAAAAAAAGAUAUAUAA